AUGGAGGAUAAAAUCAUACAACCAUUGAUAAUAAAAUUAUCCCAACUCCCUCAUGAUUUAGCAGUGUUACCUGACCAUAUAAUAACUAAAUUGUAUGAAGAUAUCGAAUUGUUGACUAGUUUUGUCAAAAGUCUACCAGAAUAUGAACAAUUUAAUGAUAAAGUCAUUGGUAAACUAAAUGAUCAAAUAUCUAAGUUGAAUGACAUUUUGGUUAUAUUUGAGAAAUAUCAAUCAGUUUCAAAAGAGAUAGAAGACAAGACGAAUAAGUUGAAUUUAAUACAUCGAGAAUUUUUAGAUUUGGAGACUAUUCAGUACAAAUUAUUAUCAUCUAACUUCAAUCAAGAUUAUCAGAAGUUGAAAUUUCAAAAACUCAUUAAUAAGAGUCAUGAAAAUUCUCUUAAACUAGUCGAAAGCAUAAACUACAAUGAAUUCGAUUCAUUUUUGAAAAGUUUCAAAAGCUCAAGAAAAGUAUACCAUUUAAGGAUGGAAAAAAUGAAUAGAUGGAAUGAAGAACGAAUUACGGGGUUUGUAUAG